UUAUCUGGUGGGAAAAAAAAAGUAAUCGAUAAAAUUAGAAGGAAAAGUUUAAUUGGUAGUAGUCGUUAUCUCUUAUUACGUAAGUUCUCUCCCACUUAUUGUUAGAAGAAAAAGGAGGUGAAUGAGGUGGUGGGGGAGGAGGGAGAGAAGGAAGAAUCUGUCACACCAUUCUAUCUACAGAUAAUUAUUUACGCGGAUGACUUCGAUAAGAUUCGGUUACAUUCGAUUACACUCGGUUACAAUCGGUUGCAUUCGAGUUUCCUCGCGAGUCGGCGCGACAGAAGUGUCCGAUGCAACGAAAGAGGAGGUAGUGCGGCUCAUCACGGCCGAAUACUGCACAGUGCUGUUUAUAUUAUUACGAACGUUCAAAUUAUUAGUUGUUUUUAUUUUCGUUCAUUAGUUUGCUUUAAUUCGUUUCGUUUGUUUGAUCGAUUCAUAUCCAUUAUUUUUCACUUUGAUUUACGAAAAACGCAUACCGUCAUGAAAGACGUAUGUACAAUAAUCUCAUGGUCACAUAUCAGCAACAACGAACAAUGCUUUUACGUUUCUUGUGACAUCGAUGAAUAAUAAAGUUAACUUUUAAAAAUGUGGCAGGACGAAGAUGAAUCUCCGACGAGCGAGAGCACGUCCGAUCCGAAAGGAGAGGAAAUCCAAAAGCUUAGCGUUAUACAAAGUUUACCAAAUCUUCUAGCUACAGACGCACAGUCAUGUAUGUCACGAGUAGUUCCCAAAAUGCAGCAGGCUCUUGCUACUGCUUGUACAGAAUUUCAUAUUGCUGCUUCAUCAACAUUCAAAACUAUAUUAGAACAGAAUCUUGUCAGCCACAGUAUCUUUAGUCAGACAUUCCUACAAACUAUAAUAAAUUCGCUUGAAAGUCGUGAUCCAGUGAUCUAUCAUGCAUGGCUGGAGACCUUACUGGAUGUGAUAGAAUUACUGCCAAUAGAUGUCAUAAGAACACAGAUUCUUCCAAUGGCUGUAAGUAAAGGGCAAUUAUCACAACCAAUUUAUUCCAGAAUGAUGUGCAGCAGGCUGUUAGGAAAAAUUUGUACACGAUUUAAUGCCGAUAUGAUACAAAAAGAAGUUCUACCAACAGUACAGUCCCUUUGUCAAGAUGUGAAUAGUGAAGUACGAGCUAGUAUUUGCUUGCAGCUACGUUUUGUUGCCGAGGGUCUUGGUGCUGAGUCUUUAAAACCUGCCCUGCUACCAUCUCUUGUAGAAUUAGCAAGGGAUGAGGAAAGCAAUGUACGGUACGCAUCUGUGCAGACAAUAGUAUACCUGUUACCUCAUUUUCAAGAAGAUACAAUCAAAACCAUCAUAGAUCCACUUAUCAAAAAGUUGUGUGAAAAUGCUGUUAAAUCGGAUGAUAAUGUGAUUUGUAUUAUUGCUCAGGAAUUUGGGAAACUUGUUCUUGGUUUAGAAAAGUACCUAUCACCUGCAGACAAGACAUGGUUCUUGAAGUAUUUUCAACAGCUUGCACAAAUGGGUAUACCAUCUGUGAAAAAACAAACUAAACCAGAUCUUCCUAUACUCGAGAGUAAUUCUGUCGAUUAUGAAAAAUGCUUGGAAUGCCGACGAUGUUCCGCGUUUAAUCUUCCUGCUAUGUUCAUCUUUAUAUCACCUUCUGUUGAGGACACAGACUCCUUACUUUCCACUUUUAGUGCUUUAACCAAUGAUUCUUAUUAUAUAAUUAGAAGAACAGUCGCGAGUGGAAUUCAUGAGGUAGCAAAAAUAUUAGGAAUGAAAAAUGGCAAGAUCAAAGGUGAUUUCAUUAAAUUGUUAAAAGACGAUCCAGAGGAGGUACUACAAAAAUUAGUUCCAAACAUAUCAUCAACGCUUGAAUGUUUAGUUCAAAGUAAAACCAUUGGACCAGAUAGAGUGGAUUCUAAUUUGAUGGAAGUACUGAAAGCUUUGUUAAUAUGUGAAGCAGAAAUUGCAUCUACACAUAAUUGGAGACUGGCUUCUACUAUGCAUGCACAACUUGAAAUAUUACCUAAAUGUUUUCCCAGUGACAUUAUAUAUUCUUAUUUUGUACCAUUGAUUUCAUUCAGAAUCUUAAAUGCAAGACCAUUACCAGUGCGUCUUGCUGCUGGAAGAUUGCUUCUUGUCUUUCUACGGUAUAAUAAUAAGUUUAUGCAAAAGGCAGAAUUUAGGAACAAAAUCUAUGUCGAACUAGCUAGUAAUCCCGAUUGUUAUGUGAGAAUGAUAUUCGUCCGUAUGAUGGUCGAAGCAUUAUUUUAUAUAUUUCCUUCAGCUUAUUUUAAAGAGCAUUUUUUUACUGUUUUAUUAAAUCUUGCCGAGGAUCCUGUGGCUAACAUCAGAUUAAAAGUAGUAUCUUUAUUACCCUUUUUAAAGAGUCAACUUGUGAUACCUACGGAUAAAAAAUUAUUAACAGCAUUAGAAGCAACAGUCAGACAUUUACUGAACAGUGAAAAGGAUAAAGAUGUAGUAGAUAUGUUAACGAACGUUGUUCAGAAGUUAGAACAAACGGAGGUCAAAUAUGAGAGGCAGAGUGGUAUUAGUAAAAUGACUAAACAAGAUGUAGAAGAUGGUAGAAAAUUUGACGAAGAAAAAAGAUUAUUAUAUACGGGAACCGGAAAGUCUCCUGUAUCUGUUGGAACAACUUCAAAAAGAACUAUCAAUCCUUCUGCGCGAGGACGAUUAAAUAUAGAAGGAACAGCAAAGACAUUACCACAGCCUCGAAUGAAAAUAGAACAGUCUUCGCAAAUUAAAAUGCAUAAUGUAACUAAAUCGCCUCCAGUAAAACAUAUUACAACUCCUCGACAUACAACGGAAGCUUUAAAAAGCAGUAUUUCUAGCAACAACUUAACAAGAGAUUGGUCUAACAAAAUGCACCUGAUACAAUAUCUGGAAAGAAUGGGUCAAUCCUCUUCAAGCAUUAAUGUAUCCUCUUUAUUUAGAUGGCCACAUAUAUGUGAUCUUGAACAUAAGGAAUUUAUAUCUCAAUAUUGUACAUGUUACAAUAUAAGUCCGCAACACUCGUAUCCUAGAAGUGAACUAAAGCAAGAUAUUCUCAAAAAUAUCCUAUCUGCAGAUCCUUACUCGCAAAAAGCUUCUACUAACAUUGUUGUCGGUGAUAAAACCCCAGUCAUUACAAACUUUCCCAUGAAUUAUAAUAACUCUUGUUGGGCUUCUAGUUCUGUGCAUGAGAGACCUGUAACGCUGUCAGACAACGAGUUCCUAGUGGAUGCAGGUAUUAGAAUACCAAAACUUUCUUCGCCCAAAAAUACACCAAAGUGUCCAAUGGAAAAUUUAGAAGUAGCCAUUACCAGACUUAGAAGAGACUGUGAACAAGCUUGGAGAAGCAGUAGUGCAAGUUAUAAAGGAAUAGAAUCUAAAAGACAUUCUUCCAUUGAAUAUGAGGACCAUACCAAACACAUCGCAAAUACAGCUGAUCAAUUGAAAACUAUACGUUCUAUGGAUUAUGAAGAAGGUUUAAGGCACCGAAAUAUGUUAAAGGAAAAUUCCAAUGAUCAAUUGAUCGUUAAUUCGGAAUCCAGAACUGAAAGAUAUUCAGUAUUUCGUCGUAAUAAACUAAGAUUUGGAUUUGACGCAAAUCAAGGAAGAUCCGUAGACGACAAAGUGAAGAGAAAUUCUUUAAUAUUAGACAAAGAUAAAACAAAAAUUACCCAACCUAAAUAUGGAAUAGAAAAUCUUAAACGACAUUCUAUGAAUUCUGGUUUGAAGCAUCCAGAUUAUUCUAAGGACUCUAAACUAAAGUUCAAACGACAUAGUCUAGAUAUGACAGAUUAUUUCGGUCGAAAUUUAAGGCGAUAUUCGACUUUGGAUGUAAAUCAUAAUCAGGGAGUUAGUAAAAUUCCCCUAAGAGAUGUUGUAGUAUCAGGUAGUAGAACAGCACCAGCUACUAGGGCUUCCAGUCCCGUUUGUUUAGGAUCCAUAAUCAGAUUUAAUAGUGAAGAAAUUGAAGAUGUUCCCAGUUCUACUACCGAAAGACAUUUAACAAGAAGUUUGAGUAAUGAACAGCUCAAUAAAAUACGUCGUAUACUUGUACUUUCACGCAAUACACCAAGUAAUACAACUGGAAGUCCAAGAAGUAGAGAUAGUAAAUUACCAGUACGUUUAGUCAAGAAAAAAAUGUAAAAUCUAUUGCAUAGUUAUAAUUAGGGACCUCAAAAGCAUUUCAUAUAAUGCACACACACAAAUUUCUACCUACUAAUAUCCUAUUUUCAUCAUCAAAAUAUUCAAUCAAAAUAACUCUUUGAAUAAGAUAUAUUCAUACUAAAUUUCACAUUAAUUUCACUGAAAAAAAAAAAAAAAAUAACAUUAUUGUGUAGCUUUAUAAUUUUAUGCAAAUUCCUUAGACAAAUAUUUAUUUUAUAGCAAAUGUCUAGAUGUCACUUGCAAUAGAUAUAUAUAUAUAGUAGUAUUUUUAUGCAGUCAAAGAGUAAUCUAUGCAUUAUUUUUGCUUUUUUUUUCUUAUAACGAUUUAUAAAAAAAAAAAAAAAAUAACAAAUGUGUACAUAUCCAAUAUGUAUUAUUUUUUAUUAUUUCUGAUAGUUAGUGAAGACAUGUAUACUUGCGUCUGUAAACAUAAAUUUGUACGUAAAACAUAUAAGGAGAAAAUAUUUUUCAAAUUUAGCAUAAUACUUUCAUAAGCAGGAAAAUAUUUUUUAUCUAUAAUGCAAUUAAGAUAUAUUUUUAAAAUGACAUAAUUUUUUUAAAUUUAAUUUUCAGUAACAUUAUGAUGCAUUAUUUUAACGUAUGAGUAUAACAUUUAUUUUUUAUCUUUCAAAGUACUUAGUUUUAAUAAUUAUACUGUUUGUUAACUUUAACAAGACUAACACAUAAAAUUAUUCUUUUUAAAUAGUAAUAGUUAAAGAAGAUAUGCUAUCACAUUGAACAAAUAGAAAUUGGGGUGCCUGCUUAUGUCGUAAGACUGUAUGAUGUUAAAUUUAAUGAUUGAAAAAUUUGAUGAAAGAA